AAAGCUAUACUUCCGUUAUCUUAAUGUGUUUAAUAAUUAGUGUUUUCUCGUUAUUUACACACUAUUGACUCGACAGUUACCUUCAUAAAGAUUGUACAACUAUCAUAUAUCAAAUUCAAUAAUGAAAUCACUCAAUAACUAGAUAACCACCUUUCUCUGACGUAAAGGAUGCGAGGUUUAUAUAAAGAACACAGACUAAUAUAUCGUUUAUAUAUGCGAUAUACGAAUGAACACCUCCAUCAUGGAAGCUAUUGAAAGUGUCACAGAAGAAAUGCAGCUUAAUGCAACAAACAACCUUGAAGACUGGCCAAAGGUUGUUGAGACGUACCUGAUUGGUAACAGCGUGUUUCUAGCCGUCUGUAUGGUGAUAGGAGUAAUAGGGAAUGCUAUUGUCGUGGCUGUGUAUAAAUUGGAAAUGAAAGACACGUCUACAGAACGAUACUUUAUUCCAGUUCUAGCUGGGGCAGAUAUUUUGGCUACGAUCGUUGGUUGUAUAACUUGUACAAUAUGGAAUUCCCUACAAUCCAGUUUUACAAGUAAUAACCUUUGUAAAGCCAUCUUGUUUUCAAUCGCAAGCAGCGCAUCAUUCUGUUUAUUCCUUUUCCUGUGUAUUGCCUUCCAACGAUAUUUAUUGAUAUGUCGCAAGUAUCAGCUGAACUUGUUGCAGCGCCGAAUCAUGAUUGGUAUUUCUGCAAUCCUAGGGAUAGGUAUGGCAAUACCAUUCACAUUGACGUACGGUAUCAAUGAGUUUUCUGUUGAAGGGAGAUCAGGAGGUCAACGAUGUGGCAGACUCAAACGAGACGAUGUUUACCCUAUUGCGGUUGCCCACUCCAUUGUGUUCGGAGUUAUUAUGCAAAUGACUUGCACAUGUUUAGUCAUCUUCUAUGGCAAAAUCGGUUGCACUAUAUUCGGGCAUUUUAAUUCUCAGUCACAAAAGAAGAAAUUGCAAAUGAAAGAAUCGUCUAGAGAAUAUACGGGAAGAUUAUCCGAUAAGAAAUCAAAUGACCGAACAGAAGAUAUCCCAGCAAUGAAAUGCGAGAUCAGGAUUAACUCAAUCAGCCAAGACGUCAACUUUCCAUCAACAGAUCAUCAUAAUGAUGAAGCAUUGCAGAGGAACAACAAAUCUGAUACACAGAACAUAAAGCAAGAGUUACCAUCAGUGGAGUCUACAGUUUCCAAAAAGGAACCUUCAACACAAAGUGGCAGAAAAGAUACCCGUAACAAAAGAAACAGGAGGUUUAAGACCAAGUUUUCGUUGAUGUUUGUAGUAGUAACCAGUGUAUCCAUAGUUUGUUAUUUGCCAGUUGGGGCAAUCGUGAUGUUAGAAGGGUUUAUUCCGGAGUUCUGGGAUAAUCUUACUCAGAUGGAACUCAUUAUUGUGGUAUGGUUCUAUCGGUCGUAUAUUAUCAACAGCAUCGCUAAUCCAAUCAUCUACGCUUUUCUUGAUAUCGAGUUUUACAAUGGACUAAAAAGGCUUUAUCAAAGAUGCUUCCGAAAAUGAGUUUAUUUGAUGUGCAUGUCUUGUAGCAUGCGUGCAAUGUUUCAUAUUAGAAAUGAAGAUGUGGUAUAAUUCGAAUGAGACAAUUAUGUAUUCUCGUUUCAGAUGCAAGGUUAAUUGUCUUAAUCCUUUUUCCGCCAAAGUAAGUUAUUAUCAUUGCGAAUGAGACAAUUAAUUAUGUUCAUUUCGUUUCAGAUGCAAGGUAAAUUGUCUAACUCAUUUAUCAGCCUAAUAAAUUUAUUAUUUUAAUUAAAACUAGUGGUAAUAUCAAGUAUAGGUUAACAUUAGUAUAUCGAACAUCUCGACUUGAUCUUAAUUGCCAAUUUGAUAUUCUUCUAUGCGACUAGUGUAAAAGUGAAAGGUUUAGCUAGGUACAAAAUCAGGUUCAAUCAAGCUUUUUAUAUUUUCGUUGUAUUUUUGUGAAGUUACAUUUUUCGUGACAUUUUUUGUUUUGAAACUUUUCUGUAACAUAUUUUGAAUUAAUUCCUUAUUUAGGAAUAAAACCUGACAUGAAUGUGUUUAAUUAAACCACUCUAUACCAUAUAUAUAAUUUUCUAUAUGUCUUAUAUGCAUUGGACAUUAUCGCAAAAUAUGUAAUCUUAAAAAUUAAAUCUAGAAAACACUUAAUUUGGUUUUUGGUGAGGUUUAUGGUGCUCUGUCUUAGUUGUUUAAUGUAUACUGUUGUUUGUUUUUGUCAUGGCAUAUUCGUUUUCGAUCAGUGAGCUCGAAUGUCUCGUUGGUAUCGUUCGCCCCUUUAUUCAAACACAACACACAAUUUGUGAAGUCUUAUUUUCUUUGUCAUAUCCAGAAUUAAAUCAUGUAAAAUUUAUUAUCUCUUUUAAAGCUGUACUACCACCAAAUCAUAGUACGUCACUUCGUCUGCAUACGAAAACAGUCGAAAUAAAAUGUUCCCUCGAAUUUGACAGUUUUCGGAAUUUAUUUUUCAUUUCAUUGCAGUAAAUAAAAGCUGUGUCAUCUACAUAUAUCUUGCCAAUGUGUGUUUCAAAGCACCAUUAUUUUUUUAGUUGGUGUUUCUAUGGAUAUUUUGGAAAUUUGAUGUUACAGGGAUACUAAAGCUUGUUUACAGUAAGAAAAAAUGUGUGCAAUUUGAUCGGUUAAUCAUCAGUGAUUGUUAUUUUCAUGUAUGCAAUGAAACAUUAUAUGUUAAGUUUAUUCGAUAGAAAUAGACGGGAUAAAUCUUUACUCAAGCAACUUGAAACAAAUAUGAAUUCUGUACCUGUUUUUUUUAUAAGUUCCAAUUAAACAAGAAUUGAUAUGGGAAAGCAAUGGUGGUACUACACAUGAACAUCGAUUUUUAAUUUACAUAAAGUUCCAUGUUAUAUACUUGUAUACCAGUUGUCUUAAAUAUUUUAUUUUGUGUUUAUUACAUUGUACAGAAUUUGAUGUAUGUUGU